UGUUCCUGCCCUGCACAUCUUGAACAGAGCGCGGGCCGUUAAAACAGGGCCGUCAUGGCGGAGGGGGGGCAGGAGCAGCAGCCGUCGGAGGACAGGGAGCGGGCCAUGGCCGCGGUGGACGUGUUCUAUUUGCUUCGCGUGAGGGACCAGAUGAAACAGCAGCUCUUGGAGUGCAGCGCUGUAGCUGACGCCGAUAAAGCAGCUGUUUCUCAUCACGCUGGCAAGGAAAGGCCUGUGCAGAUUGCCAUAGAAGAUUAUAAAAAAGGCAUUGAGAAUGAAAUAGUCUCUUUCUGGACCAAGACAUUAGCCUUGCAAAGGAUACAGAUUACAGCUGCCCUGAGAGACAAAAUGAAGCAAAAUGAUAAUGACUCACAACUGAUUCUGGAAGCUGUGCAAGACAUAGUAAAGCUCAGCGAGGCAAUAGCUGCAUAUCAGCAGCAAGCACGUGAAAAGGAGCAGAAAGUGGCUGACAUUCAAAGGCAAAGACUUUUACUAAAAAAAGUCGGAAGAGAGAAACUAAAGCAAAUCCAUGACAUGAUGAGAAAACUAAAGGAGACACAAGCAACUGGGGAGGUGAAAACGCUGGAGGAGAUGCACACUGCCUACCAGAAAGAGAGAAAGAUAACUUCAAUAAUUCAAAAUGUAUUGCAGUGCAUCAUAAUUGGAAGCAGAGUUAACUGGGCUGAAGAUCCAUCUUUAAAGGCAGUUGUUCUGCAGCUUGAAAAAAAUAUUUGAGUUGGGAGAGGUGGUCUUUAUUUUUUUUUUCAUGUAGUGUACAUACUCAAUCUGCUAAAUUUGGUAAAUUAAUACACAUAAUGAAAACAAUUUAAGCUUUCUGGAGGUGUCUGCUCACUGAAGAGAUUGAAUGUAGUCACACAACUCUUGGAAGUGAAAUUUAGUUCCUGGUAUACAGCACAUGUUUGAACAGGAACCAUGGCUGAUGAAACUAUCUGAAAAGACCAUUCAUAGUGUGAGAAAUGUGCUCACUUCUAAAAAAAAUUUACGAGGGACAAAGUCAAUGGAUCAAAGAAAACAGCUCUGGGUGCAUGACCAUAGCCACAGGCGCACCAUUAUACCCGUACACAAGCUUUUUAUCCAUUCCAUAUUGCAUCAGAUGACUACAUAUUCCUAGUUAUCAUGAGAACAGGGAAGAGGUUUCCAUAAGAAGGAUUUCCAUAAGUCCGCCCUGGUUUCCUCCUUUUGGCGCAUGCUUUCUGCCUCCUGGUGGUCGUCUCGAGGGUCUUUGGGGAUGAAGUAAGACAUCUUCCUCUAAGGUGAAAUUUUCACCCUGGGUCUUUUGCCAGUUCUGACCAGUCCUGUGGGUGUUAGUUCUUUCAGCUUCUGUCACUGGUGUUGUAUUACAGGAUGGUCAUGUUUGAUAAGCUUUUACCUUGUGCAGGCCACAUAUGCUUGGUGAAAGUAAAAUUUCAUUAACCCUUCAUUACCUCUUACAGUAGCUAUACUGUCCCAAGUUAAAAAAAGAAGAAUUUAUACAUUUCAAGGUUUUAUGUAAAAUUCACCUUAACCCAAGCCCUGUGUAAAGUCCAAACUGGAAGAUGAAGUCAGAUCUUUGGGGUUUAUUUUCCUUUUUUUAUUAUUAUUAAAGUGUUAAUGUAUGUUUAAA